AUGGAUGGGAGCCGCUUUCUACGAGAUGGUGAGCGUAAGACGGGGGCGGCCGUGGUCGAUGGGGAAAGAAUAAUCUGGGCCCAAGCCCUGCCAGCUGGAACAUCAGCCCAACGAGCUGAAUUAGAAGCUCUAACUCAGGCCCUAAAAUUAGCAAAGGGCAAAAAGGUCAAUAUUUACACUGACAGCCGCUAUGCAUUUGCCACUGCCCAUAUACAUGGGGAAAUAUAUCGGAGGCGGGGACUCCUCACCUUGGCUGGUAAGGACAUCAAAAACAAAGAAGCGAUAGUGACCCUUCUACAAGCCUUGUACUUGCCAAAACAGGUCAGCAUAAUUCAUUACCCUGGGCAUCAACAAGACCAGGGGCCGAAUGCUCGAGGCAAUCGGAUGGCGGAUGAAACUGCCCGUCAGGCAGCAGAAGGUACAUACAUUCUUUACACACCAUUUGGACCUGGAGGCUGA